GUGCGGCUCAGUCGAGGAAAACUAGGUCUGGAUUCUUGCAGAAGCGAAUCGGUCGCCUGCGCUGUUGCCGCUGGUCGUGAGAAACGGCACGGUUCGGAGACUUUCCGUAACGAACUUCCAUCGCGGCGCCUGGGCGACAUCCAACGGAAAUAGAGCUGUGUAACUUCAGAACGCAGCAAAGGAGAGUGUGAAAAGGAGCGGAAAAAUCCCCGCGGCAAACGUCGGCAGCGAUGGACGGACCGUGCCAGCUGCCAGACCUGCCUCCCACGAACCCCAUCCCGUUCCAUCGCGGGGAGACGGACCUGAGCAAGUGGCGGGUCCUGAGCCUCCUCGACGCGGGCUUCCUCGAGUCUCUCCGCACGGUCUACGUCUUCGGCGUCGCGGGGAAGGAGGUCAUCGCGGUGAAGAGGGACGGAGGCGUCUACGGGUUGGGGACGAAUCGCUCCGGUUGCCUCGGGAUUGGGACUGCUGCCCCGACUUUGGAGCCGCGUAAGAUAGAAACCCUCUCGAGAAAAGUAAUCAAAAUGUAUAAAUUUGGCAAACGGUCACGGUGGUCAUCAGAUAUAGCAGCUGGGCUCGAUCACGUUCUCGCGUGCACGAGCGGAGGAGAGCUGUAUUCCUGGGGUGACAACACCCGCGGUCAGCUGGGGAUAAAAUCCGCGAGUCCAUGCCUGGACCCCAAGCGGGUGGAAGGGAACCUGACCGGGAGGAUCGUGAAGGAGAUCGCAUGCGGCGCGUUUCACUCGCUCUGUCUCACCGGCGAUGGAGAGGUCGGGAACGUCGGGGGUCAGGGGGCGACGGCGACUCCGAUGCCGGUGCCAUUCGGGAGCAAGGCAGUGGCUGUUGCCUGCGGGCACCAAUUUUCCGUCGUUCUCCUAAAUACCGGCGAGGUACAUACCUGGGGAGCAAAUGCGAACGGGCAGCUCGGUCUGAACCACAACAUCGAUCAGCCUUUCCCCUGUAAGGUGGGGAUCGAUCGCGGCGGCAUCUUCGUUUCCCAAGUCGCCUGCGGCCAUGCACACGUCUUGGCUCUGACUGACGAAGGCGACCUGUACGCCUGGGGAUCCGACGACAACGGCCAAUUGGGCGUGGGGGAUAUGGCCACUGGCCAAUUGGGCGUGAGGGAUUGGGCCAUUGGCCAAUUGGGCGUGGGGAAUAGGGCCACUGGCUCGACUCCGACUCCAAUUUCUCGGGGAAUCGGCAGGUCAGUCAUGCUGGUGUGGUGCCUAGUGGGGGUCUAA